UGCCUUUGCGUUUCACGAGCCGCUUGUGAUGCUUCUGGUUUGUUUUGUCUUCUCCCUGAGCGUGUAAUUUCCCUGCCUUUAUCUCGAGGUUAUUUUUUUUCUGAGGGUUGUCACGCACCCGAAACCCACUUCUUUCUCUCUGAAGUUUUUUUUUUAAAUUUCUUCGGACUGUUUGGUUUUUCUUCUUCUUGUCACUUACUUUUUUGAAUUUCCGCGCACGUGACUUUCAGUCGAGCCUUUUUGCGGCUUCCGAGAAACUGCUCAAAAGGGAGGCGCAAAGGGACAAAGAGAGAGAGAAAGACUGAGAGAGAGAGAGAGAGAGAGAAAGAGAGAGGAGGCAGGCUGUGUGGGGCAGCCCUGUGGCAGGAGGGAAAGUGACCCCAGGGCAGGACAAGGAAGGAAGGAAGGAAGGAAGGAAGGGGCCCGGUCUCGGAGGCAGAGGGGAGCCAUGCCCCAUAGCUCUGACAGCAGCGACUCCAGCAGCUUCAGCCAGGCAUCUUCCUCCUCCAGCAAACAGGAUUCCUCUGAUGACAUGAGGAAAGUACAAAGAAGAGAAAAGAAUCGCAUUGCAGCUCAGAAGAGCCGGCAAAGACAGACACAAAAAGCAGAUACCUUGCACUUGGAGAGUGAAGACUUGGAGAGGCAGAAUGCUGCUCUGCGCCGAGAAAUCAAACAGCUGAGAGAGGAACUGACACAUUUUACCACGGUGCUGAGUUUGCAUGAGACACGCUGCUCCGUCCUCCACGUGCAGCCACCAGCACCUUCCGAAGUGCUUUAUACCCCACUUUCAUUCCCCCAGACCCACAUCAGCUCUCCAUGUUUCCAACCCUGAGACCAACAUUUGGGACUGCAAAAAAGUUUCCCAGCUUCGUUGUGCUUAGAGAAUAUGUGUGAGCUCUCACAUGCCUCAUCACUCUGGACAAAUUGGGGCAUUACCAUGUCUCUGUUGACUGAAACAAGCCUGAAUACAGCACGGAAAAUGCCUAAGAAUUGCUCCCUGUGCAAAAACAGGGAAUGUUUCUGUACAGUGCCUGCAUCUUUGGAUCAGGAGGUAUCCAUGCAGCUAUUACUUGCGCUUAAAGCCUUACCAAAGAGCCUUGAUAAGACAUGUAUUCUAAAGGUGAUAUUACAAUGUCUUUCUCUGUGAGAUGUAUGCUUGUGAUGCUACAAAUAAUGAGCAUGAGUAGAGGAGGGACAGAAUCAAAUGCACUGUUUUUUUUUAUUUUAAUAAAGAGUUUAUAUUUUUAAUAUUUUA